AUGCCAGACUAUACCCAGUUUGUUAAGUACUUCAUUGAGUACCCGAAUAUUCCCCCGAGCGAGAGCUCCGCGUACAGCCGACUCGCAGACACCACGUGGCGCCUGCUGAACGCAGCCGAUAAGGAUGGUGUCGGGGCGAAGCCCUCCAUCGUCAUUGGCCGACUCCUCGUCUCGACGGAGGACCGUUGGCGCAUCCAAGCGCACAUGCGUCGCGAGGAGGCAAAGGCGGGUGCCGGCAGGAAGGAGUACAACAAGAAAGUGACACGUGCCACGAAAGCGACGCGGGGCCCGGUGCCGAGCGAAGGUUUCCCGCCAGGAAGGGGCCGUCCGGUGUGA